GAUGUAGUUUUCCGUCUCCAACAAAUUUCUGCCACCUAUCAUUCUCAUUCCCACCCCCUCACCUUCCAAUUAUCCUUCAAUCAUAACACCAACUCCCUCUCCUUCAUUCCAAAAUUAUCACUAACAUUAAUGGCUUCCACUUCAAUAUCUACAAGAUUUUUCUUGAUUUGUGUUGUUAUUAAUUUUUUUUGUUUAUCACUAGCCUUACACAUAUCACCAUCUUCUUCAAUUUCAGCUGCCCCUGCAUUGUUACCAAAUCCACCUGCUCUGUCUCCUGAUAUAAGUCCUCUUUUUCCUUCACCAGGUGGCUCUGAGCUUGCUCCUACUGAUUCUUCAUUACCCUUAAUUCCUUCUACCCCUAGCCCUCCUAAUCCUGAUGCUAUGAUUGCUCCUGGACCUCUUUAUAUGCCGUUUUCGCCUACGCAGUCUCUACCGGUGUCCUCUGCUGUUGCUCUGUAUUCAUCUUUAUGUGCAAUGGUGGUGUUGAGUUUGAUGUCGACCUGGUUUACGCAGAUCCUUCGUGUGUGAAGGUUCAAAUUAUGUUUGGUUGUGAGGUACUUUUGAUGAAGUUUCACACUUAUUUGUUUACUAUGUUAUGAUUUAUUUAUGUACUAUACUUUUGGUAGUGUAUAAUUUGUUUGUUGUAUUACAUUUUCAUUGUCAAAUAACAAGGAAAUAAGCACAAUUUUUGUUUAGUUUUAUCAUCUCAAGAUCUGCAUUUUGGUUCUUUUGUUGAAUGAGUAUAAUGUAAUUAAGUAUA